AGAAUAUAAAAGUAACAACAAAUGGGAGAUUACGUUAAAGCACUUAUUGAAACUUAAGUGAUCGGAGCUUUUCGAGUAGCUUUGACUAUGCCAUUAGAACAUGUACUUGAUAGAAUUAAGACAUAUAAACAAUCACAAUAAAGAAUAACUUAUAUAUAAGUAAAUGUAACACUGAAUUUUAGAGUUACAUUAAUAUCAAGGGAGCUAGAGGAAUAAUAGGUUUAUAUGAUGGGUUUUCUCCAAGUUUUCUAAGGAAUAUGGUAAAACAGUAUUAUAGAUGGCCCAUGAUGAUUUUUAUUCCUUAAAUACUGAAUGAACAUAUCCAUAACUAAUCCAUAAAUAAAAUAAUAACAGGAGCAUCAAUUGGGUUAUUUGAAAGUUGUAUAAUAACUCCUUUUGAAAGACUUAAGACCUUAAAAAUGACAUCUAUGACAACUGGGUUUGGUUAUUUCAAAUACAUAACAUUUGAAUCAAUAUAUGUUGGUUUCAGAAUUUAAACAACUAGAUAAGUAGUAUCAUGGACUAACUAUUUAUAUUGGGAUCAUAAAGUUCGUUAUGCAUUAAAAGCGGAACCAGGUUAACCCCUUUCUUUAGUUAAUUCCUUAAUUGCUUCUUCUCUUAGUAGCAUUCUAAAUAUUCUGGCUGGUAUUUAUAAUCUAAAUCUUUAGUUCAUCCUUUUGAUACAAUCAAAACACUUGUGUAGAUGGAGGGAAAUCAAAAUUUUAGAAAUCUCUCACUUCUCUAAGGAUUUAAAAUUGUUUAUAAAAAUUAUGGCAUCUCAGGAUUAUAUGCAGGAUGGUAAGCAAGAAUAAUAGCUUAUUUUUGUUAAGCUCUUCUUACUACACCUACUAUAGAUUACUUAGAAAGAAACUAUGGAAUUUCAAAAAAUUAAAAACAAUAAUGAACAUUCUGUUUUAAUUUAUAUUUUGCC